CCAACACCAACACAUUUCAGAAACCCUAAUUCAGUUCUGCGUGUCUCUGAGCGAGUUUGUGUGAGCGAGAGAGACAGAGAGAGAGAGAGAGGCCGCAACCAUGGCAACUGCAAGGACUGUCAAGGAUGUUUCCCCACAUGAGUUUGUCACAGCUUACUCUGCUCAUCUCAAGCGAUCUGGCAAGAUGGAGCUUCCUGAAUGGACAGAUAUUGUGAAGACUGCAAGGUUUAAGGAGUUGGCUCCCUAUGAUCCCGACUGGUACUAUGUUAGAGCUGCUUCAAUGGCAAGAAAGAUCUACUUGAGGGGAGGACUUGGUGUUGGUGCUUUCCAGAGGAUUUAUGGUGGGAGCCAGAGGAACGGUAGUCGGCCACCUCAUUUCUGCAAGAGCAGUGGUUCCAUUGCUCGUCAUAUUCUUCAACAGUUGCAGAACAUGAACAUCAUUGAAAUGGAUACCAAGGGUGGCAGGAAAAUUACUUCCAGCGGCCGAAGGGAUCUUGACCAAGUUGCCGGACGUAUUGUGGUUGCACCUUGAUUUGUAGAAUCACUUCCAGCUGUCACAAACUUAUUUAUUUUGUCUGUGUUGGAGAGAUGUGAGGAUAACAGAUUAUGUGCAAUUUUGAUUUUAGUAUCAAGUGUUUUUUAUGUAUUGGACGUAUUCAAUGCUAUGUUGCUUUUUAGUCUUUUAGAUGGUAUUGUCACAUUUAAUUUUAUUUUACUGAGUUUUUUGGAUUUUCACCCUGAACAUUCUUGUUCCUCAAAGUCUUGUUUACUUACGAAAUGAAACUAUUAAGUUUUAAAUUA